AUGGCGGUCAGUGGCGUGGUUCUGAAGCUAAAACAGAAGAAAGAGGAGAGUAGCGAUGAGGAUGAUGAUCAGAACAGCGAUGGUGACAAUGAUGAUGAGAUGGCUGAGCCUGUCACUGCACUCAUCACUGCACCUAUCACUGCACUCAUCACUGCAUCCCCAUUACUGCACCCAUCACUGCACCCAUCACUGCAUCCCCAUUACUGCACCCAUCACUGCACCUAUCACUGCACUCAUCACUGCAUCCCCAUUACUGCACCCAUCACUGCACCAGUCACUGCACUCAUCACUGCACCCAUCACUGCACCCAUCACUGCAUCCCCAUUUGCACCCAUCACUGCACCCAUCACUGCACCCAUCACUGCACCCAUCACUGCACCCAUCACUGCACCCAUCACUGCACCCAUCACUGCACCCAUCACUGCACCCAUCACUGCACCCAUCACUGCACCCAUCACUGCACCCAUCACUGCACCCAUCACUGCACCCAUCACUGCACCCAUCACUGCACCCAUCACUGCACCCAUCACUGCACCCAUCACUGCACCCAUCACUGCACCCAUCACUGCACCCAUCACUGCACCCAUCACUGCACCCAUCACUGCACCCAUCACUGCACCCAUCACUGCACCCAUCACUGCACCCAUCACUGCACCCAUCACUGCACCCAUCACUGCACCCAUCACUGCACCCAUCACUGCACCCAUCACUGCACCCAUCACUGCACCCAUCACUGCACCCAUCACUGCACCCAUCACUGCACCCAUCACUGCACCCAUCACUGCACCCAUCACUGCACCCAUCACUGCACCCAUCACUGCACUCAUCACUGCACCCAUCACUGCACCCAUCACUGCACUCAUCACUGCACCCAUCACUGCACCCAUCACUGCACUCAUCACUGCACCCAUCACUGCACCCAUCACUGCACUCAUCACUGCACCCAUCACUGCACCCAUCACUGCAUCCCCAUUACUGCACCCCCUCACUGUCAUGGUGUGGAUCCCAGGGUGCGCCUUUGAGACUGGCUCAGCUUCCAUCUUUGAUGUGUCCGCCCUGGCCGCCUACGAGGAGGUGCUGGUUGUGACCAUCCAGUACCGGCUAGGAAUAUUUGGUUUCUUCAG